AUGGCCUUUUCCCACCCAACCUCGGCGUACGACGCCCUUUCACACAAGCCAUUGUUCCGCGAGCAGGGCUUCAUCGGCGGAGCGUGGAUCUCCGGGCCCGAGACCUUCCCCGUGCACGACCCAGCCACGAACAAUGUCGUCGCCAAUGUCGCGAGCUUCGACGCGGCGGCGUUCGGGCGUGCCAUCGAAUGCGCCCAGGCGGCCCUGCAGCAAUACAAGGAAACAAGCGAGCAUCAACGAUGCAAGUUUCUGCACCGGUUCGCGGGACUCAUCCGGUCUCACGCCAGCGACCUCGCCACCUUGCUGACGUUGGAGAAUGGCAAGACGCUUACGGAGGCGGCGGGCGAGGUGGAAUAUGGCGCCAGCUUCAUCUCGUGGUUUGCAGAGGAAGCCAUCCGGUCGUAUGGUGACAUAAUCCCGUCCCAGCACGCCGGCAGCACCAACUUCACCAUCAGGCAGCCCGUCGGCGUAUGCGGCAUCAUCGCACCCUGGAACUUCCCAGUGGCCAUGAUCACGCGCAAGCUCGGGCCUGCGUUUGCUGCAGGGUGCACAGUGGUCAUCAAGCCACCGAGCGAGACGCCUCUCUGCACCAUGGCGCUCAACGUUCUCCUGCAGCAAGCUAUCGAAGAGUUCGGCCUCCCCCGCGAUAUAGUGCAGGUGGUCCCGACGCGGAACCGCGAGGCCAUCACGGAGCUAUACACGAACCCGACGGUCAAGAAGAUUAGCUUCACUGGGUCUACCCCCGUCGGAAAGGCAAUCACGCGCACAGCUGCAGAUACCAUGAAGAAGGUAUCGAUGGAGUUGGGGGGCAAUGCGCCAUACAUCAUCUUCAACGACGCAGAUGUCAAGGCGGCAGUUGACGGCGUCCUCGCAUGCAAGUUUCGCUGCUCGGGGCAAACAUGCGUGUGUGCCAACCGUCUCUUGGUCCAGGCGGAGAUUCACGACCAGUUCGUGCAAAGCCUCUUGGAGCGCAUGAAGACGUUCAAAGUGGGUUCCGGGUUCGACCCAAGCGUCACCCAUGGGCCCUUGGUCAACAAGGCCGCCGUCAGCAAGGUGCGGGAACAUAUAGAUGACGCCGUGUCCAGGGGCGCAAAGCUGUUGUUUGGCGGGCACGCCCCUACCGGUCUGUCCCCGCGAGAACUCGACUGCGGAUUCUUCAUCGAGCCCGCCCUCUUGACAGGCGUCACGACCGAGAUGAAGGUGGCUCGGGAUGAGACGUUUGGGCCGCUUGCACCAAUCUUCAAGUUUGACACAGUCGAGGAUGCGAUCCGAAUCGCCAACGACACUGAAUUCGGCCUGGCGGCCUACUUCUUCUCCAGUGACAUGCGAACCAUUUGGCAUGUAUCGAGGCGACUGGAAGCGGGCAUGGUCGGGGUCAACACGGGCAAGAUUAGUGCCGCCGAGGCUCCUUUUGGCGGCAUCAAGGAGUCGGGCGUGGGCAAAGAAGGGAGCAAGUACGGCCUGGCCGAGUACCAGGUGAUCAAGAACAUCACGAUAGGUGGCAUGUAA